AUGCCUGCCUCCAUCGCCUUCGGUCGGUUCGAUGACUCCUUCAGCUUGGCCUCUUUCAAGGCCUACAUCGCCGAGUUCAUCUCCACCCUCAUCUUCGUCUUCGCCGGCGUCGGCUCUGCCAUCGCCUACUCCAAGGUGAGCGGCGGCGCGCCGCUUGACCCAUCCGGGCUGAUCGCCGUGGCCAUCUGCCACGGGUUCGGGCUGUUCGUCGCGGUCGCCGUCGGCGCCAACAUCUCCGGCGGCCAUGUGAACCCUGCCGUCACCUUCGGCCUCGCCCUCGGCGGCCAGAUCACCAUCCUCACCGGCAUCUUCUACUGGGUUGCCCAGCUCCUCGGCGCCAUCGUCGGCGCCUUCCUCGUCCAGUUCUGCACCGGCGUGGUACCGACCCCUACACACGGGCUUUCCGGCGUGGGCGCCUUCGAGGGCGUCGUGAUGGAGAUCAUCGUCACCUUCGGGCUCGUCUACACCGUGUACGCCACCGCCGCCGACCCCAAGAAGGGGUCCCUCGGCACCAUCGCUCCAAUCGCCAUCGGCUUCAUCGUCGGCGCCAACAUCCUCGUCGCCGGCCCCUUCUCCGGCGGGUCCAUGAACCCUGCACGCUCCUUCGGCCCCGCCGUUGCCAGCGGCGACUUCACCAACAUCUGGAUCUACUGGGCCGGCCCGCUCAUCGGCGGUGGCCUCGCCGGCGUCGUCUACCGGUACCUGUACAUGUGCGACGACCACACCGCCGUCGCCGGCAACGACUACUAA